AUGUCUUGGCCUACGAGGCGCUCGCUAUGGGCACCGCGUGAUGGUCUCUUGGCUUGGCACUCCCGACAGAACUCGCCGGUUAACGCUUCGACAGAUCCCGCCGACCGCGGCACCGGCCCGAUAGGGUACCAGAGCAAGGUCCGCGUCACCGACAAGUACAGGGUCAUCGGUUUUAUAAGCAGCGGUACCUAUGGCCGCGUCUACAAGGCCCUCGGCCGCCAGGGCCAGACGGGCGAGUUUGCCAUCAAGAAGUUCAAGCCCGACAAGGAGGGCGAGCAGAUCACCUACACGGGCAUCUCGCAGUCGGCCAUCCGCGAGAUGGCACUGUGCAGCGAGCUGUCCCACCCCAACGUCAUCAAGCUCAUCGAAAUCAUCCUCGAGGACAAGUGCAUCUUCAUGGUCUUCGAGUACGCCGAGCACGACCUGCUGCAGAUCAUCCACCACCACACCCAGAACCCCCGCCACCCGAUCCCGCCCACCACGAUCAAGAGUAUCAUGUUCCAGCUGCUCAACGGGUGCCAAUACCUCCACACGAACUGGGUGCUGCAUCGCGACCUGAAACCGGCCAAUAUCAUGGUGACCUCUGCCGGCGAGGUCAAGAUUGGCGAUCUGGGUCUGGCUCGGCUGUUCCAAAAGCCGUUGCACUCACUUUUCAGCGGUGACAAGGUCGUCGUGACUAUAUGGUACAGGGCUCCGGAACUACUGCUUGGCUCGCGCCACUACACGCCCGCCAUCGACAUGUGGGCUAUCGGGUGCAUCUUUGCCGAGCUACUCUCGCUCCGGCCCAUCUUUAAGGGUGAAGAGGCCAAGAUGGACAGUAAGAAGACGGUGCCGUUCCAGCGCAACCAGAUGCAAAAGAUUGUCGACAUCAUGGGCCUGCCGACCAAGGACAAAUGGCCUCUGCUCCCCAGCAUGCCCGAGUACCCGCAGCUCAACACACUGCAGCCCCCUCUGUCUGGUUCCCACCACCACUCGCACCAUCACCAGCACCACCACAGUAGGAAUACCGGUGGCGGCGGUAGCAACUUGGAGAAGUGGUACAACAGCACCAUCAACCAGGGCGUCACGUCGAACCCCUCCUCGCAGCACAGCAGCGAGGGCCUCAAGUCGCUCGGCGCCGAGGGCUUCAAGCUGCUGUCGGGCCUGCUGGAGUACGACCCGGAGAAGCGGCUGACAGCGGAGAAGGCGCUCCAGCACCCUUUCUUCUCGACCGGUGACAAGGUCAACGUCAACUGCUUCGAGGGCCUGAAGAUGGAGUACCCUCACCGCAGGGUGAGCCAGGAUGACAACGAUAUCCGGACGAGCAGCCUCCCCGGUACGAAACGGAGCGGGCUGCCGGACGACUCGUUGAUCAGACCUGGCAAGAGAGUCAAGGAGAAUUGA